AUGUCUAACCCAUUCGACUUGCUAGGCAACGACGUCGAGGACGCCAACGUGGUGGCUCCUCUUCCUCCAAAGGAAAUCGUCAGAAACACCACUUCCUCCAAGAAGGCUGACGUGCCUCCUCCAUCUGCUGACCCAUCCAGAGCCAACAAGAACAGACCUAAGCCAACCGGUAACGAGGCUGCUUUCAAGGACAAGAACGGUGGCAGAAAGAACAACAGAUCCAGAGAGGCCCCUGCUGAGACCACUGGUGCCAAGAGAACCACUCACGCUGCCAGAAGAUCCUCUGACCGUCAAAACAGAUCCGGUAAGGUCGACACCGAAAAGAGAGUCAGACAAGGCUGGGGUGACAACAAGAAGGAGGUGACUGAAGAAGCCGCCGCCGAGAUUGACGCCCAGGCUGAGAUUGAGGCCGACAAGGCCGAGGAGGAGACCCCAGCCUCCAACAAGAAGUCUUUGCAAGACUACUUGGACGAGGUCAACAGCUCCGGUCUAAACAAGGCCCCAGCUGCCAAGAAGUCCGUCGACCAACUUGAAGACGCUGAAUUGUUGGUCAAGAAGGAGGAAGUCUACGCCGAGCCAACCAAGGUCAAGAGCUUGAAGUCCAAGCAAUUGAAGUCCAAGCAGUACCUAGACUUCGACGUCAACUUCUCCGACAGCCAAUCCUCUGCCAAGCCAAGAAAGUUCGAUAACAACAAGGGUGGUCCAAGACGUGGUGGCAAGUCAAAGCCAGCCAAGGCCGCCGGCGAACAAAAGCCAGCUGUUAACGCCAAGAACUUCCCUUCUUUGGCCUAA